AAGGUGAGCACAGUGACGCUGAGGCGCGGAGGUAAAGCGGCCAAACUUCAACGGCAGACAGGCGCCAAUCCAUUUUUAACGUCCUCAGACCAUUCUUUUUCACUUCUAAGCUAUUAAAAUGCGAUGAAAAAUCACAGUGCCUGUUUUGCGGCUUUAUAAAUUAGGCAGACAUGAUGCUGGCGCCUGUAGUGUGGACAGCUGUUUUAUUAACUCUGGUAAAUGCCACCAUCCUGGAGAGCGGUCCAACUGAAGCACCAGAUGUGGAGAGCGGCUCGGGGAUGCUGCUGACAGAAGCAAUAGACCUCCUUGAUCAUCUGUGGCAGGUGGCUAAUAACAGCAACGCAUCAGUAACACAGGAAAGCCAAAGAUGUCCAGUCCUGCAUGUAGGCCAGUACUCCACCCUCUCUAUACCACUACGUCAGGUGUUUGGAUACAGGUUUGGUGAUGAGUUUAGUUUGCUGUUGCAUCUGCGUAGCUCCCAGUCUGAAGACCGCAGUGUGCUGACUUUCCUCUGUCCAGAUGGACAUAUUCUCCUGCAGAUUCGCAUCAGUGCCUACACUUUUACCUUUAUCAGUACCCAACAACGACACUAUGAGUUCCCCGUGGCAGUGCUGUCUGAUGGGGGUUGGCACCGCGUGGCAGUCAGUGUCUCCUCAGGCCGGUUGGCGUUGUAUGUGGAUUGCUCCAUGGUUGAGAGCGUAGACUGGGCUUAUAAGGAUGGUUUGGGAAUCUCCACUGAUGGCCUGGUUAUGGUGGGAGGAAUCAUUGAGGGUUUUGAGACACCUUUUGAGGGUGAUCUGAUGCAAGUGGCAUUUCUGAUGGGAGAACCAGAUGCAGCUCGAGAUCAGUGUGCCGUUUUGCAACCCCAGUGUGGCGGAACCGGACACAAACCACCUCGCUCUCCUCGCAUACACACUGAAGAGGAGCUUCUGCUGUCCUCAAAUGACCUGGAGGACUUAUUAGAGACAGCAGAGGACAGUGACUCUAUUCGUGCAAAACUGACUGGUGUCCGUAGACGUGGGAUUAUACGUGGUGACGGUACUUUGCCUACUGGAUCUAAACGUCCUGGCUUUGUGGGGCGAGGUGAUGUGUUUGAGGUGGAUGAGGAUACAGACCUGGUAGACCAAAACAUCUUGUCCAAAAAUGGUGGUAAACCUUUCAAAACCUUCCCAACUGAAACUACAGGCAGCCGUGAUGGAAAACCAGACUCCACAUCCAAACUUCUAGAUGAAAACAUCACCACUGACAAGCACAAACCUGGCAAACCUUCACCAAAGAAACCAGUGGAUACCACAAUUAUCAACCUGGAUGUUCAGGUACCUGAGAAACCUACCGGAAGUAUUGUACCUAGUAGUGAAAUUCACCUGGAAACCACCUCCAGUCCUGAGGAUCGAGAAUCCAACUUGUUAAAAGAGGAUUUGGGGGCCACCACACAGGCUCCUCUGAGAACAACUUCUUUGGAGGGCAUCUCAAAAGGAAGUGGAAGAAAAACAUCCAAAACUCCAGAUAUCCCUCUAGGACCUGGCUGGGGAUCUGAGGAGCACCCAGGUACCGUUAUACUUACAGGACGGCAUGGAGAUCUUGUGCGUGGUUCUGAUGGCAAUAUGUAUCGCAUUCAAAGAGGACCCAUGGGGCCAGUGGGGCCCCGAGGUGAGCCUGGAUGUCCCGGGAGUGAUGGCUAUCCAGGACCCGAAGGUGAUAAGGGUGCCAUUGGGCUUAAGGGCCGUCCAGGUCACCGUGGAGUCCCAGGACCUCCUGGGUCACCUGGGCUACCCACAUUCUACCUGUGGAGAAACACACCUGAGGAAUGGGCUGCAUUUCAGCAAACAUCAUUCUUCCAGCUUCUCCAUGCAGGUUGGCCUAGAGCGCAAGGUCCACCUGGUCCAGAAGGAGAGAUGGGGAAACCUGGGCCGCAGGGGCCACCUGGGGAGCCAGGUGAACAAGGACGUCCAGGACAUUUGGGAGACAUGGGUGACCGUGGCCCAAAAGGUGUGAUAGGCAGAGCAGGGCUCUUUGGAAAGGAUGGAGAAAACGGGCUGGAUGGGCCUCAUGGGCCUCCAGGGAUUCCAGGACCAAAGGGUCCUUUAGGCUAUAAAGGAGAAUCAGGCUCACCUGGAGAGAAAGGAGAGGAGGGUAUUGCUGGAGCAGAGGGUCCAUGUGGAGAUAUGGGAAAAGUUGGUGAGAAAGGUUCAAAAGGAGCACCUGGCUCUCCUGGUCCUGUCGGCCCUCCUGGUCCACAAGGCAUGAGAGGGUUGGAGGGCCCUGAAGGUCAUCCAGGGCCAGAUGGGGAUGAUGGGAUGGAGGGACCACCAGGCCUUCCAGGUCCACCAGGAGCUCCUGGUUGGACAGGUGUGGUUGGUGCCCAGGGGCCUAAUGGGUCUCGUGGGGAGCCUGGGCCUCCAGGAGCUGUUGGUCUUCCAGGGCCACAGGGUCCCCAGGGAUUAGAGGAACAGAUCGGGCCUCCAGGACCAAGGGGUCUGCAGGGGCUGUCAGGCCGGGAAGGUUUACCUGGUCCCAAAGGAGAACCUGGCCCUGCAGGGCCAGUGGGCCUCAGAGGGGAGCCAGGAUUUGAAGGAUUAAUGGGUGUAUUAGGAAUACAAGGUCCAAAAGGUUUUUCUGGUAUCAAAGGAAACAGAGGACCCGAUGGAGACCAGGGAGACAUUGGACCUAAAGGAAACAAAGGUGCUAGAGGAGCCCCAGGGAUACAGGGCAUUCAAGGUGAGCAGGGACCAACAGGUUUUCCUGGUUUCCCAGGUGUCAGAGGUCUGCCAGGACCACAGGGGAUCCAGGGAGAAGAUGGAGAAGCUGGUCUGCAUGGCAAAGUGGGAAAGGAAGGGCCAAAGGGUAGCAAAGGUCUUGAAGGCCUCCCUGGAAAGCCUGGUCCUAGAGGCCUAAAGGGUCGAACAGGGCAGAGGGGUCACAAUGGCAUGCCUGGACUUCCUGGUUUACCUGGCCCACCUGGACCUGUUGGAGCUGAAGGAAAGCCUGGUACACAGGGAAUGCAAGGCCUUGUGGGUAAUGCAGGAAGUAAAGGACUAAUGGGAUUGCAAGGUAUUUCUGGAGAACAUGGUCAGGAUGGACCCCCAGGAUCUAUGGGUCCACCUGGACGGGAGGGUCCUAUGGGCAGUCCUGGGCCACUAGGAGAGAGGGGUUUCCCUGGAAAGACAGGAGCAGUGGGACCGCAGGGCCCUGUUGGCAUGUAUGGUUUUCCAGGAAACGUGGGUAUGAGAGGAAGACCAGGCCACAGUGGAGACAGAGGAGAGCCAGGUCUAAGAGGGCCUCCUGGACCAAAUGGGAAGCCUGGACCACCAGGUUCCCCUGGUCCAGUAGGAGAAAAGGGACCACCAGGACCCCAGGGCCGUCAAGGAGAUCCUGGGCAUCGGGGAACAGAUGGGCCAUGUGGUCCUCCAGGACUUCAGGGGGUUAGUGGGGUCAUUGGAAAACCAGGACCCCAUGGAAAUAAAGGACCCCCAGGGGACCCUGGGCCAAACGGUCCCCCAGGUAUUCCAGGUCCACAGGGGGCAAAUGGACUUCCAGGUAUAGAUGGGGAGAAAGGAGAAAAGGGAAUGAUGGGCCCUCCUGGUGAUGACGGGCCUCUUGGACUGGAAGGGCCACAGGGUCCAUUUGGUCCGACAGGUUUGGAGGGGCCUCCUGGAACAAAAGGUGAUAAGGGGGACAGAGGUCCCUUUGGAAAGCCUGGUCUUCAAGGACCAAAAGGAGACAUUGGCCCUCCAGGUGCUAAAGGUCCAGUGGGUCCACCAGGCCCAGCAGGCAGUGAGGGUGAUGCUGGUCCAGUUGGCGUUGCUGGUGAUCCUGGCCCUAAAGGAGAGCAGGGUGAUAUUGGCCCACGAGGAUUUACUGGUUCAGAGGGGCCAUGGGGAGACGUGGGGGCGCAGGGAGAGAGGGGCCUCAAGGGAGACAAGGGCCAAAUCGGACUCCAGGGUGAGUCAGGCCUCAUGGGUGGUGUUGGACCUCCUGGCCUAAAAGGUGUAGAGGGUGGACCAGGCCAUCCAGGAUUGGUGGGGCCAGAUGGACCUCCAGGAAGCAAGGGGGAGGUUGGGCCAAAUGGUUUACUUGGUGAGCCAGGAGAUGCUGGACCUGAGGGAAUUGCAGGUCCCAAAGGCGUACGAGGUGAUGCAGGAAAAGCCGGGACACAGGGAGGUGUUGGCUCAGUAGGUCCCCAAGGUCUUUUGGGCCCUAAAGGUCUCCCAGGGCCUGAAGGGGAGAAAGGAGACUCAGGAGAUAAAGGAGAACCAGGGGUGGAGGGGCCAGACGGCCUUCAAGGCAUUCAAGGACCACCGGGACUGCCUGGUUUGGAGGGUCCAGAAGGUGAGGCAGGGGUACGUGGCUCACCUGGUCUGCCAGGAGCUCAGAGCCGCACGGGUAACCCAGGACCCGAAGGAAGAGAAGGCAUGAAAGGAGAGAAGGGAGAUCAAGGCAAGGAUGGAGGACCUGGAAAAAUGGGUCACAUUGGACGGCGGGGUAAAAGAGGCAAGGCAGGGUUGAGGGGGACCAGAGGACCAAGAGGAGAAAAGGGAGAGAGGGGGGAUGUAGGAGAGAAAGGACUUCCUGGAUGGGGAGGAAGCAUGGGAAUCCAAGGACUGAGAGGAGAGCCUGGGGAGCAGGGUGUCAAAGGAGCAGAGGGUGAGAAAGGAGAUCAGGGACCACUUGGUCCACCAGGGAAAGAUGGCUUGAAGGGGAGUAUGGGGCCUAUUGGUCCUCCUGGACCCCCAGGACCAAAGGGCGAUCAGGGAAAUAUUGGUCCUGCUGGGCCUAGAGGGGCACCUGGAAUACCUGGACUACCGGGCUUGUUUGGAGACAAGGGACUUAAGGGAUUUCAGGGGCCUCCUGGACCCCCUGGAAGGAGGGGCUUGCCAGGUCCACCGGGGCCACCAGGGCCUGCUGGUGUUUCUGUGAACCUGACCCUGACCCAGAUCAAGGACCUGAUGUACAGUUCAGACAAGCCCAAUUACCCUCUGAUUCAGACACUGAUGGACUCUCUGUACCAUGACCUCCGGCUGCUGGUGGACCCUCCGGACGGUAGCAAGCAGCACCCAGCCUCUACCUGUCUGGAGCUGUGGCUGUGCCAUCCCAACUACACCAGCGGAUUCUACUACAUUGACCCAAACCAAGGCAGUUCUUUAGAUGCUCUUUUGGCCUACUGUAACUUCUCAGAGUCAGGAGCAGAGACCUGCCUUCACCCCAGAGAUGCACAUCUUCCCAUAAGGACUUGGCUGAAUGACUCAGGGAAUAAUAGCAAGUUCUACUGGUUCAGUUCACUGGAGGGAGGUUUUCAAUUUGAGUAUCCAGCCCUCAGUGUGGUUCAGCUGCGGUUUCUACGACUCCAGAGCAACAGAGCAGAACAGAGAGUGACGUACUCCUGUUACCCUGGACACCAACUGGGCCAGAUACAGCGACAGGUCCAGUUCCUCACGGACUCCGUGAAGCAGAGCUAUUUAGGAGAACUGCAGGAUUGUGUGUCUGCAAAGGAAGUGGAUCCCGGGCCACGUGAGUCUGUGUUUCAGUUUGUGGACAUGGACCUGCUUCCUCUACGUGACAUAGGAAUCUUGGGCAACAGCAGCUACGAGUUUGGCUUCACCAUCGGCCCUGUGUGUUUCAGCUAGAGACACUCUGAAUGAUAAUGGUACAUCCUGUGCAUUUAACCUUAAAUACAAGCAACAAAAAGAAGAAAACAGGACACUCUGAAGAAACAUGCAGCAUCUACUGCUCGUGGUAAAGGAAAUACCUGGUGCAGCCAGACAAACGGACAAUAUCCUUUUUUGUUUACAGGGACUUUUGGCUUUGUAAUUAAUGUACUAUUUUUAUAAUAAUUUUAUUUGUUUCAGCAAUGUUUUUUAAUCACUAGCUGGUCUUGUAAUAACAUUGUAGAUGAAGCUUGGAUCGUACCAAGUGUAAUGACAGGGUUCUGACGUGACCACUAUGUGGUUGCAUGGUCCAAGUUUCAGCUGUUUACUACUUAAUCAUGUACAAACGGUUACCGUGGAUUAACCAGUUAUUAUAAAACUUUGCAUUAUUAGGCGAGUGUAUGAAUGACACUUUUUCCCCUCUUGUUUAAGUGUCUAACUUGAAUUGUAGGACUGAUAGAAACAAAGCGUCCCAGUGAGGACACCGCUAACCUUCCCAUGAGGUUUGAAUAUCAGGAAGUCUGUGCUACAUUUGUUUUCUCUGUUCAUGUCAUGAUUUGAUUUUAGAAAUGGUCUUAAAUUUGUAUGUUAGAUGAUUUAUGGGUGCUAAUGUUUGCAGUACAGCAGUAACAGUUGUUUCAAAAAGAGAAUAAUAAUACAAACUGCAGCAAAGCUGGUUAAUAAAUGUGCAAGCAGUGAUCUAAUGUUGAUAUGAGACUGAAAUUCAGUACACAUGCAUAAAGUCCUUCAGUUCACAUUUACUGUAUGUAGGUCUCAGGGAGCACUUACAAAUAUGACAUAAAUGUAAGAAAAUACACAAAUGAUAUUGGAAAUAGGUUAAUUUGAUAGAAUAUGUUCAGAUUAACCAAGCAAAGCCAAAUUUAAGUGUUGUUCAAUUGUUUUAAAGCAGUUAUCACUAAUAACUUUUUAAAUCACAUUGAAUUUAGGCGCAGGUGCUUUGUUUUGAAAACCUUUUUGUUCAGUAACAUUUUGUAAUGUAUAUUGUGUUUUCUAUGUAUUUGUGGUGACAUCGGAAAUCACAUGCUGGUCAUCUGUUUGAGUAUCAGCUAUAAAACGUGCAUUAAUGUAUCAUUUAAAUCGUGUUGGACAAUUGUGUAUAUCAUUGUGUGAAACACGAACGUUUUUAAAAAAAAAAAAAUGCUUUGUGAAGUUGUGUUUUUCCAGUUCAAACAGCAAGACAUGGUAAUGAGAAAAACUGAAACCCAGCUAGUAUACAUGAUUUAAUUUUGCACAAUGAAGUGCAGCCCUU